AACAAUAAUGAUAUUCACCUUUACCUUAAAUAUGAAAAAAAUUCCUAAUCCAUGAGCCUACCAGAUCUCAGCACAGCACCUACCAAAUGCAACUGCCCAUUAUGCAAUAAACUUAUUAAAGUAACCAAAUUGGGGCUAUUGCCAUCUCAUAGUAACCAUAAAAUAAAGUGUCCUCAAUCUGGGCUACCCAUCUUAUCACCAGCAAUUCCUAGAACCCUUAAUGUCUUCUCUGCCCUUGCCCUCACAACUAAACAACCCAUAGUCACCAUUCCCACAUCAUUGACUGAUGUUCUCACUCACCCAAUAAUCCCUACCUUAACUGUCACAAAUGCUUCGACGUUUGACCCAGCCGACUCAAAUGUAGAAAUAUUUCUAACGACACCAAAACCAUUUGAAAUUUCACGAAUACCUAAACGAGCAAGGCUUCAAGUUGCGAGACACCUGUCAAAAAACUUGACUUCCUUGUUAAAUAAUUAUUCUUCUGUAAGACACUGGCUAGACACCCUGUCAUUUGCCUUUAUUACCUUACAAGUUCCUGAUCCUACCAGCAAAAAAUCCCUGACCCAACUAAAUCUCCAUAACUGGUAUAUCGACAAUGGCAUACUAGGCGGCCCACCGACUGAAGUCACGAAGGCAAUCCAAAUAAUAAAAUCCAGCGAGAAAAGUUUGGGACUUCGAGUUAAUCAAGACAAAAGCGAAUAUUGUCCUCUUGGAAUCAUUGACCUUAACCACGAUACUAUGUUCAAUCAUACACCAUUGAACGUUUUAACACAUCUCGGAUCUCCAGUAGGUAAAGACGAGUCCUUUACCAAGUUCUUUGCCGAUAUUCUACGAGAGAUAUGAGAGAUACACUAUCUCGCCUCACAGCUCACCAAGCUUUCUUCUUAUUAAAGAACUACCUUUUAAUUCCAAGAAUUUUAUAUACACUUCGAGCGUCUCGGAUCUUUCAAUAUGACGUCAACCUCGCUUCACAUGAACUGGAGAUUAAACGCCUAACAGAAGAUAUACUCAAUCUUAAAUUUGGGGAGUUAUCAUGCCUACAGGCUACCUUACCAACCAAAUCCGGCGGUAUUGGUAUAAGGUAACCUUCCCUAGUUUCUGUUAGUGCGUUCAUAUCCUCUCGCUUGUCCUGCGAGCCCAUCAUUCAAACGCUAACAAAACAUCCUGACCCCUUACUCCAACAGGCAAUUGAGCUAUGGAAGUCCCUCUCAUUAGUCGAUCCUCCAUCGUCGGCAUUACAGAAGGAUUGGGAUAAACCUCUAGUUGGCAACUCCGUUGCAUUCCUUAAAUCGAGGAGCCAACCAGAGGACCAUUCUCUACUCUUCUCCAUUUCCGAAGGUAGUGGAUACGAAUUUCUUGAAGCCUUCCCAUCCCGAAACCUUGACCAGCUCCUAAGCAAUGAUGAGUUACGUCACGCCAUCGGUCUUAGACUGAAUUGCGAUAUGGUAAUACCUUUAACUGUAUCCUCUGUCAAACGUCGGUCAACUCCAAAAACCGUCACUCUCUACACUGCAAGCGCUGUAAAGGCAGAUUCAUUAGGCAUUCAAAAUGCAAUGAUACCAUUGCCAGGGCCUUAAAAUCCGCCAGCAUCCCAUCAAUCCUCGAACCUACUGGCCUUUACAAUUCAGAUGGUAAGCGGCCCAAUAGUUCGACUAUAAUCCCUUGGAAGAGGGGGGAAUUCCUAACUUGAUAUUUCUCAUGCAUCGAUCCUCUUGCCCCUUCCAAUAUAAAUAGAGAUGCCAUACUAGAUGCCGAGGCGAAUAAAUUAGCUAAAUAUUCGCCAUCCCGUCAAUUAUACAUUCCUACCAUCAAUCGCCACUACCUUAACUUCGUUCGGCUCUCAUGCCCGAGACUUCUUUAAAUAGCUAGGAAAACGGAUCUCUGCUAGGACAGAGGAUCCCAACGAGGGAUUUUACCUACGCCAACGAUUAGCCAUAAACAUAGUUCAUCUCAAAACAAUCUGGAAAAAUCUCAGGGAUUGUUUUAUAAAAGAGGCAAAAACUUACAAGACUGAAAAGUGGGUCAGAGGCUGGCCAUUGCAUCUCAUGGCCAUUCUAUCAGGAUAUGCUAUUCCUGGUAGAAACCAUAACACCCAGGACACAGAAAUCCUCCUUAGAUAAAGAGGAAUGUACUCCUAGAGAUGUUAAUGAUAUAUUAAAUGAAAUAUCAGGGGAGAUACAUGAAUGUGCUUUCAUUGAUAGUGCGAAUAUAUCAGAUGAUAUAUUUAUUCACAAAGUUUCAAAUAUCUCGAGAAAUAAUUAUGUUAGAAAAAUAAUUUAAAU